CCAGAUUUCUGUUAGCUUAGCUUAGCAUACAUUGAAACUGGGAAGUAGCUUGUCUGGCUCUCUUCACUAACAAAAUCCAACUGCCAGCAGCUCCAAAGCUCACUAACUAACACAUUAAAUCUGGUCUGUAUACUAUGUCAAAGAAAAGUUUUAAAAUUGGCUAAUUGUGGAUUCACAGCAUGGACUGUAUGAAAAGAUAUACUAGGUUUACCACUCAAAUUGAUGACAAGUCUCUGGGAAGUUAGCAAGAGGUCUUGGUAGGUUAAUUUUGACAGAGCCAGGCUAACUGUUUCUACCUGUUUUCAGUUUUUGUACUGAGAUAAGCUAAUCGGCUGCUGGAUGUAGCUUCAUAUACCAGAUAUGCAAGUUAUGUCAAUCUUCUCAUGUGGUGGUUACCACACUGAAAUAUGACAUGUUGAAAAUUUAACCUAUAUUCAAAAACAGCAUCCUUAUUACUCGGGAUCAUCCAGAACAUGUUGCAGGUUUUUAUAGAUACAAUUUCUUUAGUGAAAAAUAGUACCAGUGAUUCUGCAUGGCUAGAUUAGAGACAUGAUGCUAAGGGGUCCCACAGGUGAAUGGUUUCUUUUUUUCCUGGCUGCUAUUAUUCCCGGUCUCCACCUCCAGAGAAAUGGCAGCUCCAUCCAGCCUGCCUCUAACUCUGAGCCGCCCUCUAAGGCUCAGAUCUACCAGCCGGUCUUUCAGCCCUCUGAGGCCAUUCCUCCAAUAGGGACCUACAUGCUGAAAAACGCUGUUGGGAAUCCCUGCAUCAAAGCCACCAUGGGAGUAGAGUACAUUGUCAUCGAAAAGAAGAAAAGUUGGUAUUUCAACCUGGACCCCUCCAGGGUCAGCAUCAGUGGUUACUGCAGCAAAGAAACUGCUGUACUUUCUCUCACACUGCCAGCCAACGCUGCCAGUCUGCAGCUCUUUUUCAAAAAGGAAAAGAAUCUUUUUUACGUCACCAAGCUGACUGCCCAUGUGUCACCUCUGCCUGUCUGCCAAGGAUGUGCCAAUAAAACUUAUUCAGGUUUGGUAGACCAUAAGAAGCUGUUCACAGCAGCUAAUGGACAGAGCUUCAACUGUAAAUCUGAGAAUCUGCUUCUGAUGUCGCCGGCGCUGCGGAUCAAGCUGGUUCCUCUGCAGAUGCAGGCCUUCACUCUGCCCAAAGGACAGUAUGGAAAAGAGGUGGAGUGUUGGGCCGACUAUAACAAGCGGGUUAUUCCCAUCGUCAUCGGGGCCACUGUGGUUUGUCUCAUUCUGAUCGCUGUGCUGACCUUCCUGUUCAUCAAAGACAGACGCAGACAAGGAUAUGACAGGAUCUGAGUUAUUUUCAAAACUAGAAUAUAGAUUUAUUCCAUCUCAAAGAAUAUUUCAUACUGUUACAAAAAGUUCUCACUUUUUUGCUCAUGGCACCUUUUUGCUUCUUAUAAUAAAAAAAGAGAUCUAAUGUCUGAUAUUUAAACUAUAGAUGCAAAGAAUGCUUUUACAUUUAUUUGUUUGACAAUUCUUUCUUUAUUAUUAUUAUUAUUAUUUUAUCUCUCUCUCUCUUUGUACCCAAGUUACCUUUUAGCAUGUCAUUUCAUUUUCAUUCUUUCAGUGACUUUUGUUCAGUGACAUUUCUUGUAAUAAAUAUACAUAUAUAGCCAUCUAUAUAUUUAAUAAAUUGGGGCUGAAAAUAAGUUAUUGAACCCUUAAUUACACUAGCAAUAAAUUAACAAAAUUAUUGCAUUAUGUGAUUUAUCGUAGUAUAACUCUUGAACCUAAAAGACAGGGAUAUUGCAAGAUAAACAUUAAGUUAAUUACUUCAAAUUAUGUAGCUUAAUUACACUUUAUCAGUCUGCAGUAUGUUGGCUAUAGCGAGUAAUAAGGUGUUUUUGGAAUAAAACAUAUUUUAUUUUUUAACUGCAAAGAUUAAAUAACUCAAAAAAUACUAUAAUGUAGCUAGUAUAGUUUUUGAAUGCCUAAUUAUUCAACCAAUGUCUUUAUUUCAGAAUAUUCUGUAUGUGUAUAUAUUCGUCUCGUUUAUCAAAUAAAAUGAGUUUUGUUUUA